AUUCAACCAAAAGAUUCUUGGUCCAUUGUUUCUUUUGUCGAUAGAGAAGGUAGCAAUUGAAAAACUUGCCAAAGUUAAGGAGUAUUUUCUUAGUCAAUCAAGAAGAAGAGCAAUAAGGCCAAGACAUGUUACUUUCAAUCCUUUCUAGGAUUUGAUGUAUCAAUUGUUUUUUAAGUAAUGAUAUGACUUUAAUGCUAUAGCAGCAAGUGUCCCCACGUUUUUUCAUGACAUAUGUUAAGAGCUCUUGACAGGUCUAUCCCUUUGUGAUAUUUGAAAAGUAUAACACAAUAGAACCUCAUAAUUUUCAAGGGAGAGACAUGGGUGGUGAGGAAGAAGAUCAGGAAUCAGCUUUACUGGGAAGCUCUUCUCAACCUGAUGAACCUAAGGAGCCUCUCAAAAGAACAGGGACCGUAUGGACUUCAAUAGCAUAUAUAAUAACAGGAGUGAUUGGGGCAGGAGUUUUGUCUCUUGCAUGGAGCGUGGCCCAACUAGGGUGGAUUGCAGGUCCAUUACUCAUGAUUGUCUUUGCAGGCAUCACCAUUAUUUCCACAAACCUUCUAUGUGAUUGCUAUAGAUACCCAGAUCCUGAAUGUGGCCCCGCUAGAAUUCGGUCCUAUAUGGAAGCUGUCAGGGUGUAUUUAGGAGAGAAGAGCCAGAAGGUGAGUAGAGUGAUUGCGCUGGAGAGCUUAUGGGGGGGUGCAAUUGCCUAUGUCAUUACGGCUGCUACCUGCAUGAGGGCAAUUCAGAAAUCAAACUGCUAUCACAAAGAAGGGCACCAAGCUCCAUGUGCAUAUGGUGAUACUUUUUAUAUGCUGCUCUUUGGACUUGUUCAGAUUGUUAUGUCACAGAUUCCAGAUUUCCAUAAAAUGGAAUGGCUUUCGGUUGUUGCUGCAAUGAUGUCCUUUACCUACUCUUUUAUUGGAAUAGCACUUGGCUUUGCAAAAGUAAUAGAAAAUGGGAAGAUUAUGGGGAGCAUUACAGGAGUCCCGGCUUCUACUCUUGCCAAUAAAUUUUGGUUAGUCUUCGAAUCAUUUGGGGACAUUGCUUUUGCCUAUCCGUACUCAAUUAUCGUUCUUGAGAUCCAGGAUACUUUGAAGUCCCCUCCCCCAGAAAACCAGACCAUGAAGAGGGCAUCAAUGGUUGCCAUUUUUGUCACAACCUGUUUCUACCUCUGCUGUGGAUGCUUUGGAUAUGCAGCCUUUGGAAAUGAUACACCAGGAAACCUAUUGACAGGAUUUGGUUUCUAUGAACCUUAUUGGCUCAUUGAUUUUGCUAAUGCCUGCAUUGUUCUUCAUUUGUUAGGAGGAUAUCAGAUUUAUAGUCAGCCAGUAUUUGCAUAUUGUGAAAGAUGGUUAACGAAGAAAUUCCCAAACAGUGGCUUUGUAAAUAACUUCUAUACCAUCAAACUCCCAUUGUUGCCGGGUUUUCAGUGGAAUCUUCUCAGGCUAUGUUUCCGAACUGCAUACGUUGUAUCAACCACUGGAAUUGCAAUGCUCUUCCCUUACUUCAAUUCAGUCUUGGGACUGUUAGGGGCCUUGAACUUUUGGCCGUUGACUAUAUAUUUCCCUGUGGAGAUGUACUUUGUACAAAAGAAAAUAGGAGCUUGGACAAAAAAAUGGAUUGUACUUAGGACAUUUAGCUUUGUCUGCUUUCUUGUGACAGUUGUCGGUUUUAUUGGAUCACUUGAAUCUAUUAUAAGCGCCGAACUCAGCUGAGUAAUUACUGUAA